AUGCUCUCUCCACAACAACAUCACUUCUACCGCCUCUCGGCGGCCCUAUCUAUCCUCACCAUCCACGUCGCUUUGGGCUCCUGCAUCGGCCUCCGCCCCCCUGGCAUGCUGGUCGAUAUCCAUCGUCGUGACGGUGUGUUUUUCGCCGGCAUGCCUGCGUCUAGUCCUAGCGCCAACAUCGACAUCAACAUCGCCAGCACCAACUCUACCUCCACCACUCUAGCUGGCACCUCAGGCCCGAAUGGCUGGGGCGCCUUUGUGCAGCCGAUCGAUCACGACGAUCUCGCUCUCGGCUCUUUUGCUCAGCGCUUCUGGUACGGCACCGAGCACUGGCGCGGUCCCGGCUCGCCCAUCUUGCUGAUCACGCCCGGCGAGCAGUCCGGCACCGGCUUCAACGACACCUACCUGACCGACCAGCGCAUCAUCGGCCGCUUUGCCGCCGCUGUCGGCGCGGCCGUCGUCAUCCUGGAGCAUCGCUACUGGGGUGGCAGCGCGCCCUACGUCCGCCUAGACGGGCCUCGGCUGCGAUACCUCACCGUCACCAAUGCCCGGCGCGACCUCGCCGCCUUUGCCCGCGGCUUCGUGCCACCCUUUGACACCUCCGGCCGCAGCUCGCCCGCCACUGCACCCUGGAUCCUCGGCGGUGGCUCGUAUGCUGGUGCUCUGGCCGCCUGGGAGGCCGCUAGCGAUAACCACCCGUUCUGGGCCUUUUAUGCCACCAGCGCCGUCGUCCAGUCGAUCGGUGACUUCUGGCAGUACUUUGACACUGUUCGGCUCGCAUCGCCCGCCAACUGCAGCGCUGACCUCGUGGCUACCAUCGCCCACGUCGACGAGGUGCUCACCAGCGGCAGCCUGUCGCAGAAGCUCGACCUCAAGGCUAGCUUCCUGCUCGAGGACCUCGAGGACGCUGACUUUGCAAAUGCCCUCACAUUUGGCCCUCUCCUGUGGCAGCAGACCCAGUUCUUCUCCGAGGCCGUGCUCGGCUACAACAGCUAUCACAUGUUCUGCAACUAUAUCGAGAACGUGUGGCCCAACUCUACUAACCCUGUCCCUGGCCCCGAAGGCGUGGGUGUCUUCCGUGCUCUCGACGGUUAUGCCAAGUGGUUCACGCAGCGGGUGCUUCCAGGACUCUGCCAGUCCCUCGGCUAUGCCGACUUCGAGGGGCUCUACAACACCGGAUGCUUUGCCAAUCUGAACGCCAGCAGCCCCAUGUACAGCGAUCUCUUGGUCGACAAUCCGUUCAGCCGCCAGUGGUCCUGGCUGAUGUGUAACGAGCCCCUCGUCUGGUUCCAAGAUGCCUCCCCGACCGGUCAGCCCUCCAUCAUCUCCCGCCUCGUCAGCUACGACUAUAACCUAGCCCAAUGCGCUCUCAUGUUUCCCGCCAGUGCCGGCGGCUUCGGCCUGCAGCACGGCCGCUCGCCGGUCGAUGUCAACGCUGCCACCGGCGGCUGGUCCGUCUCGCCGCAGCGCACGCCGCGUCUUCUUUACACCAACAACGAGCUCGACCCUUGGCGUCCGGCCACGGUGAGCGCCCGCACUGGUCGGCCCGGUGGACCACUCAUCAGCACGGGCGACGGCGACGACAAGGAGCCUGUCCGCCUGAUCGCCGGUGGUGGCCACUGCUCCGACAUCUAUGCUGCCAAUUGGGCCGCCAACCCGGGUGCCAGGGCUGCUGCCGAGGAACAGGCCGCCACUCUCGUCCGUUGGGUCGCCGAGUUUUACCACAACAAGGGGCUCGUGCAGCCAUAA